GCUGAUGAACCAUCACAAAAUCAAGCAUGCCAUCUAAAACAAGUUCAGCCAACAGUACAGGCAGCAAGAGCAAUGACCAAGGUCACCCUGAGGACAUCAUCCCCAUGGUGUUGACAUCUGCCACUCAGGAGUUGUUUGGUUGCCGUGCUGAUGAGGACGUCACAGGGGAGAACCCUUACAAGCUGCUGAAAAAAGAUGACAUCAUAGAAGACAUGAAGGCAAAAGCUGCAGUGUCUGAUUUCAGCCCUGUGAAGCAGAUUAUUCUGGAUUAUCCAGAGAGUGAGCUUUUGUUGGUGUUUGACAGGGACUUUACUUAUGGACAAUGCUUCUACUUAGUUACAACCCCAGAAGCAAAGGAAAAAAUCCUCAAUCCCCCAGAAUCUGAGCCUGAAGAAGAUUCAGUGAACGAUAUCAUUAAAACCCCAGAACCAAAGGAAUGGGUAUCUCUCGGUAGUGAAAAGGAAAUAGAUGAGGAAUCCCUUCGAGAAACAAGAGUAAAGCUGCUGUACAAGUUCUCCAGAGCUCGGAAAGAAUUUGGAAUGCCAGUGUCUUUUUCAGACCGCAAUGUUGCAGAUGCCAAGGAUGGCAAUUUGGAGUGCGUGUCCUUCGCAGACAGGCGAUUCAACAUCAAGCUGAUGCAGAGGGACUGUGCGGUGCAGGCUAUCCCUGAUAUCCAGAGUAGCAGUGCCCAGACACAAUGGAAGUAUAUGAAGAAUAGCUGUACACAGUACACACCAGGAGAAUUGAACGAAAAGGAAAAGGAAAAGACUCUGGAUCCAAAAAGCAUAAAUGAUUUCUGCAAUACGGUGGCCAACAGGGUUCUGCAUGCUCUUCAGCAAGAGGAUAUUAUGAAUGUGUUUAAAGAUGACUGGAUGGCUUUGGGGACAGACCAUGAGGACUUUGAGUGGACUGGGAAGCUGUCUGAUGUUUUGAUGCUUUAUCAGGCCUUUACAGACAACAAGUACACUCAGGACAAGGGGAUCAGCUGCAUGCAUUGGCAUCCCACCAUCCACGGUGUAAUAGCUGUAACGUUGGCAGAGAAGAAAAAGCAGAAGUGGACCAUGUCCAACGGACCUCUCAUAGGGUUUUACAGCUUCUCUGACCCCACUCAUAUCAAAAUACUGCUGGAGUGCCCAGAUGACAUUCUUACCUUUGAGUUCUGCCCCUCUGAUCCAAAUAUUAUUGUUGGUGGCUGUUCGAACGGCCAGAUCGUGUUGUGGGAAAUAUCUGCUUACGUCGCACGUUUGAUGCCGGUCACACAUGGUGCUAAACUUGAAUCUGUCAAAACUGGCGUGCUGGACCUUGAAGAUAACAAAGACAAUAAAGUCCCUAUUGUGCGCUACAGUGCAAUGUCUGGAGUGGAGAACAGCCACACAGGACCAAUUACAGACGUCCACUGGCUGCCUCAAACAUUUGAGGUAACUGCACAAGGCAUGCCAGUGGAGAACAAAUACAAUAUUUCCGUUCAGCUCAUUACCUGCUCUCCUGAUGGAUCUUUUAUGUUCUGGGAUAUACGAAUGCCAAAACAGCUACGCCAGACAGCAUCAGACAAGAAGCAGAGUGAUUCUGAGCCGCAAAUGGCAAAUUACAGUGACAACAACCCUUUCAAACAUUUGGAUAAGACAUGGAAACCCUUGUUCAAGGUAUCUUUAGUACACAUGGAGCGCGGUGGUGAAUAUGCCCCUUUAAGAUUCAGCCUUGACUACUAUACCAGUAAUAACACUACAAUCCCAGAAAUUGCUGAAGACCCUGGAGAAAUUCCAGACUACAGCCAACUACAAGUGCCCUCAGGCAAAGGCCUUGCAGCUCUGGAAGAUGUAAAUACCAAGAUUUAUAUUGGAACAAGGGAUGGGGAGAUUGUUUACACUGACUGGAAACUGGAGAAAAAUGACCUUGAUCAACUAAUUCAUCCCAAACCUCUUUGUAGUUUUAGAAUCCAUCCCUGCUUGGUGAAUACAAUUGACCGCUCACCCUUUUUUAAAGACAUCGUUUUGACUGGAACUUCACUAUACGGAAGCUGCAAUAUUGCCAUAUGGAAGGAGGGAGUGUUGGACGGCCCUCUUUUUCUGAUGCCGACCUUGGAGGGGCAUUGUACAGUGGCAUGCUGGUCUUUGACCCGGCCAGCAGUUUUUUUUGUUGGUAAAGGAGAUGGAAAAAUUGAGGUGUGGAACUUACUGGAGAAAACUGGAGAAGCUGUGCACGUGCAAGAGCACAUGACUAAUGGCAAAAUAACCUGCAUCAAACCAUGGACUGUCUCCUCAAAGCAGCACUUUCUGGCUGUGGCUGACGAUGUUGGAAUAGUCCGUGUAUUUCAAAUUCCGCCUGUUUACUACAUUGCUCCAAGAAAUGAGAGGGUGAACAUGGGCAAAUGCAUUCAGCAGCAGCAAGAGAGGCUGAAUGAUCUUUUAAGGAGGAGAGAGUUGUGGCAAAACCAGCCAGCACCUGAAGGGAAGAAAGUGACGACUGAGAAGCCGGGGUCACCCACAGAAGAAGAAGAAGCAGAUGAGAUGAAAGAGUACGAUGAUUUUCUAGUGCUAGAAGAGAACGUCCUGCAAGGCAUGGGAUUGACACCAUAGCAUGGUGGGCAGCAUGGUUUGUUUCACUAAACUAUUUUUAUUCACAUGCCCUCUAGAUACAACACAGACAGUAAUUGUUCUUUGGAAAAUGUAUAUGUAUUUAUUGUAAGCAUUUAAAUUUUCUCAUAUCUCAACACUAAAAUGUGUAUUACAAAAGUUUUCUGUAGCUAUAUUUUACAACAAAUGUGGACCUAAACGUGAAAAUAAUACAGUUCCAAAAACGAACAAACUGACUCAUCAUGUCAUCAAUAUUCCCUCUUUUGGGGCUUCAGUGGUCACCAGUGUAUUUUUAUCCCCCCAACCACAGAUGUGAGAUUUGGUUUCUGGGCAAUGUGAUCCAGGAGUGUUCUUUUUUUCAUCGCUCUUCAAUGUUAGAGCCUGAGCUUUGUCAAACAUUUGACAUUUGAAGGAAGUAAUUUUAAGGCUGCUUUAAUUUCAUGAUGUUUAUCUGUUGUUGAUAGGCCUCUCCAAUAUAUAAAGUUAUUAUUCCCAGACCAUCACAUGCUGUUGAUAGACUAAGACUCAGACAAACUUCAUUGACCCACAAAGGAAAUCGUUCCACACAGUAACUCAGUUUCAAUGGAUGGACAGGGUAAGGAUGGAAAUGAUAAUGCAGGUAUUAAGUAGACUAAAAAUGUACCAUAGUAGCAAUCUAAAAUAUAACAUAUCUGUAAUAUUUACAUAUUAUAUAUACAGUAUAUAAUAUAUACUGAUAUAUUAUUAUAGUAUAUUAUAAAUAAUAU